AUGUCCUCUGACCCACUCCACGCCAUCGUCUCCGCCCUGCAAAGGGAGCAGAUCAUCCCCGAUGUCGUCCCCGCGUCAUACACCUUCACCCCCACCGUCCUCUUCUCGAUCAUAUACCCCAACGGUGCAGAGGUGAACCUCGGAAACAAUAUGACAGUAGAGGAGACGCAGGAUGAACCGGAGGUCCGACUUGCUGCGCUCAACGGCCCUUGGGACGACGCGUCCGAAACAUCGUACACGCUCGUGAUGCUUGAUCCCGACGCGCCAUACAGGACGGACGCGGUGUACAGAUCGUUUAGGCACUGGGUUAUCACGGGUCUAAAGUCACCCGCCGUCAAAUCCAACUCGGCGGAGGCGCUCAAUGCGCUCAAGACACACCCAUCCACGACUCCCUAUCGCCCACCAGGACCGCGUCCCAACUCGGGAAUCCAUAGAUAUACGUUUCUCCUGUUCCAGGAGCCCACAGGCCCGGAAGUCUUCACCGUGCCUCAAGGUGCCCCCGAGUAUGGCGCAGCUCUGGAAGAUCGGCGUAGCUGGGAUCCAAUCGCGUUUGCGGGAAAGUACGGGCUGAAGCUGGUCGGAGCGAACUACUUCCUCGUCACCUCGCCCGAGGUCGAUGCGACUGCAUGACAGCCGCACCGCUGCAGUGCUCACCUUGGUUCUGUAUGCUAUGAGACUCGAAGAAGUGAUGAAUGUAACAUCAGUCUAUGUAGGAUAAGUGAAGAGCGGGCUUAGCACUGACUCGCUGAUUGCAGUGAAGACAGCCGCGGGGUUGUCAAUCAU